ACCCAGACGCCCUCGCCCGGGGACUCGGGAACGCCUUGUGUCUCAACCAUCGGUGCCCGCAGCCGACAGCUCUCCCAAGACCUUUGCAGGCGGCUCCCGGAGGCGUUUGCAGCCGGUAAUCGGGGGACCUUAUGGACUUUAUCUCAGUGAUAGCUUGACCUUCCUGGGUGCUCUCCGAGGGAGGAGACCGAGGUAGCUCAGGCCACCGAGGGAAAAACAGUGGGAACCAGAUUAGUGACUGGUCGAGGGCCAAGGGACUGAAGUAAGAUUAGAGACUUGCUUUAGAACCACAAAAAAGAAAGAGGGAGGGCCAGCUUUGCAGCUAGCAUCAUGGCGUGGCCGUGCAUCACGCGGGCCUGCUGCAUCGCCCGCUUCUGGAACCAGCUGGACAAGGCGGACAUCGCUGUGCCGCUGGUUUUCACCAAGUACUCGGAGGCCACCGAGGCCCCGAGCGCCCCGCCGCAGCCGCCGCCGCCGCAGCAGCAGGCGCAGCCGGCGCACGCGCCCCCCUCGGCGCGGGCGGUCGCCAUAGAGACGCAGCCGGCCCAGGGCGAGUUGGAUGCAGUUGCCCGGGCAACGGGGCCGGCGCCGGGGCCUAGCGGCGAACGCGAGGCGGCGGCUGCCCCCGGCCGGAGCGGGCCCGGCCCCGGCCCGGCCUCCGGCUCCGCCUCCAGCGCGGGCCCCGCGGACUCGGUGAUGCGUCAGGACUACCGCGCCUGGAAGGUGCAGCGGCCCGAGCCGAGCUGCCGGCCGCGCAGCGAGUACCAGCCUUCCGACGCGCCCUUCGAGCGCGAGACCCAGUACCAGAAGGACUUCCGCGCCUGGCCGCUGCCGCGCCGCGGAGACCACCCGUGGAUUCCCAAGCCCGUGCAGAUCCCCGCGACCUCCCAGGUUUCGGUGCCAAUUCUCGGGGCGUCCAAGCGCCGGCCGCAGAGCCAGGAGCGCUGGCCCGCGCAGGCCGCCGCCGAGGCCCAGGAGCAGGAGGCGACCCCUGGUGGAGCGGGUGGCCUCGCAGCCGGAAAGCCCUCCGGUGCCGAUGAGCGCGACACACGCAGGAAGCCCGGGCCCGCCUGGAUGCUGCGUCGCGCCGAGGGGCAGGGGCCGGAGCAGACGCCGCUGCCCGCAGCCCAGGCCCAGGUCCAGGCCGCGGUCCCCGAGGGUGGCAAGGGGCGCGCAGCGGCGGACGCCCUCAACAGGCAAAUCCGCGAGGAAGUGGCGAGCGCGGUGAGCAGCUCCUACAGAAAUGAAUUCCGAGCAUGGACGGACAUCAAGCCUGUGAAACCAAUAAAGGCCAAGCCCCAGUAUAAGCCUCCAGAUGACAAGAUGGCUCAUGAGACCAGCUACAGCGCCCAGUUCAAAGGGGAGGCCAAUAAGCCAACGCCAGCCGACAAUAAGGUGAUUGAUCGCAGAAGAAUACGCAGCCUCUACAGUGAACCUUUCAAGGAACCCCCAAAGGUGGAAAAACCUAGCGUUCAGAGUUCCAAACCAAAAAAGACCUCAGCAAGCCAUAAGCCCCCGCGGAAGGCCAAAGACAAGCAGGUGGUGUCGGGCCGGGCUUCCAAGAAAAAGAGCACAGAGGGUGCCAGUGCCGCCCAGCCUGAUGACAAGGAGCAAAGUAAAGAGAUGAACAAUAAACUGGCUGAGGCUAAAGAGAGCCAGGUUGAACUCACCAGCGAUUCACGUAAGAAUCGAGGUCCUGUAGCCACAGAGCCAGACAAGGAUCAAAGUCCUAUGGGCCCAGGGCCUCUGAAAGAUCAAGGUCCUGUGAUCCAAGAUCGUCCAAAAGAUCAAGGCCCUAUGGUCCCAGAGCCUCUGAAGGGUCAAGCUCCUGUGGUCUCGGGGCCUCUGAAAGAUCUAGGUCCUGUGGGCCCCGCACCAGUUAAGGAUCAAGAUCACGUGGCCCCUGAGCCUUUAAAGAAUGAAGGGUCUGUGAUCACAGCACCAGUAAAGGAACAAGGUUCCUUGGUCCCGGUGCCUCCAAAGAAUCAAAGUCCUGUGGCUCCAGAAAUAGUUAAGGAUCAAGGUGCCAUGGUACCAGAGCCUCCAAAGGAUCAAGGGCCCAUGGUCCCAGCGCCUGUCAAAGAUCAAAGCCCCGUGGUCCCUGAGCCUGUGGAUCAAGGUCCCAUGGUCUCAGCACCUGGCAAAGAUCAAGGUCCUAUGGUUCCAGAGCAUCUGAAGGAUCAAAGUGCCACGGUCAUAGCACCUAUAAAGAAUGAAAGUCCUGUGCUCUCUGAGCCUGUAAAGAAUCAAGGUUUAGUGGUUCUGGAGCCAGCCAAGGAUCAAGGUGGAGUGGCCCCAGAGAUUCUGAAGGAUCACGAUUCUGUGGUUGAGGCACAUGUAAAGAAUCAAGGUCCUGUGGUCCCAGCACUAGUCAAGGAUCAAGGUCCCAUGGUCCCAGAGCCUCCAAAGAAUCAAGAUCCCAUGGUCCCUGAGCCUGUGAAGAAUCAAGUUCCCAUAAUCCCGGUGCCUCUGAAAGAUCAAGACCUUCUGGUGUCACCACCAGCAAAGGACCAAGGUCCUGUGGUCCCUGAACCUCUGAAGACUCAAGGUCCCAAGGGCCCUCAGCUGCCCACUGUCUCACCUCCACCCCCAGUCAUGAUCCCAACUGUCCCCCACGCGGAAUAUGUUGAGAGUUCCCCUUGAUACUCACCCCUCGACACGCCAAGGAAGGAUCUGGCGGUGGAAGUGCUCCCUCCCAGGGGCAGCGAAGACACAUAUUUAAUCUGCAUGAAACACGCACUGUAUAGUCUUGCUGGGAUCUAAUAAAGCUGGUCCCUCUGGCGCA